AUGUUUGAGGGCUUCUCGUUCCCGGCUCCUGCGCUGCCUGCAGUGCAGCCCGAGAUCGAUAGCCUGCAGUUCCAGUGCGACAGCAACCUGGUCUCGCCUCUAUCCUCUCGGUGUCCUUCGCCCCGGCUGCCGUCGCCGUUGAAUUCGCGGGACUUUCCUCGUCUCAACCGCCGGUCGAGGCAGUUCCCUCACUAUCACCACCAUCACCACCAGCAGCAGCACCUCGGCCCUGCACCCACAUCCAUUCCCGCAGAGUACUCGGCAGAGCGCAGCCAGCGGUUCUCUAUCGGCUCCCUGACGAAGCAGCUGCAUGCUCACUCGCUCGAAACCGGCGGCGGCCAGGACGGCGGCAGCGACAGCGACGACGGCGGGCGGUGGCUGCCCAUAACCCCCCCACGGUGCUCGACCGAUGCCCAAUAUCAGACCUUCGCCCUGCUGGAUGCGCUGCCUGCUCAGUCAAGAACGGAGAACGACCUGGUCAGGUUGUCGUCGCCGUUCUAUCCUCCGCCCCUAGACUCCACUGCCUCGCCUCCUCCGAGUCCCCGAGACGCCCAUGUCAUCGACCAUGGCCAUGAUCGUGGUGAGCAUGGCAAACUGCCUUUGCAAGAUCAAGAUAAAUCCUCCGAGAUAUUCUACUCCUCCAUGCCCCACAGCCGAUCAAGCAUUGUCGAUAAUGGUGAUAGCAUCAAUAAUAUCAAUAAUAUCGAGGAUGCUGACCGGCCAGGCGACGUCCGGUACCAGCGUGAGAAGUUCUCGAUGCUGCAAUGCGCCUCCUCCUCCAUCGCCGACACCGUCCGUCUCGCCCUCCUACUAGACAGUGGCGUUGACUGUUCCCCGGAUCGUCGUCGGUCCUCAUACGCAUCAGCAGCAGCAGCAUCAGUAGCUCCUGGAGAGUCCUGCGAUGCAGCCGCGGGCUAUAUCAGCGACGAUCAGCACCCCAGCUCCCUCCCGCCGUCACGCACGCCUUCGAGAAGACGGCUGCUAAAGCAAAAACACCCUAAUAAUGACAACCACGCUCACACCCCUCUGGCGAGCGGGUGCGCAACAUCGAGUCGCUUCUCCGGCGCUGGCAGCAAGGGGAAGGUCGAGAAGUCGCAGCACCACGGCCACAGCCACAGCAGCACCGGCACAUCAACACCCAACCCGAGUAGGAAGUUCGGCAAGUCGCAGUAUGGUCUUCGGCGGAGGAGUCUGCUGCUGGCCGCUGUCACAGCGGUUCUUGAACAGGAGGUGGCGGAGUCCAACAGGAUGCAAGACUGA